CGCGCGAGCCCCAGCUUCGCGGCCCCGCUUGACCAGUAGAUACACGCAAAAAACCCCCCAAAUCCGUCGCCCGAGCCAAGCACCGUGACUGCGCGCGACCACAUACAUGGCCACGCCUCCACCCGUCACUUCGCUGCAUCGCUGACCGCGCGCGACGCCAACCGGUUUGCUAGCUAGCGCAGCCGCGCGCGUCCGUCCCCCCCACCUAUCCUAUAUAUCCACGUCUCCCCGCGCGCACCCACCCCACCGAAGGGGAGAGGCAGGCAGGGCGCGCGCGCGCUCUCACUCGAUCACGCACACGCGGGCGCGGAUUGGGGAUUCCGGGGGAGAGAGAAAGAGAGAGAGAGAGAGAUCAUAUUUGUUGAUAGGGAUCGGUGGCGGCUGCAGCGGCGGUGGCGGCGUCAUGGGCGUCCUGAGGAGCACGCAGAGCAUGCAGGCGGAGGUGGAGGAGAUGCGGGCGGCGCUGCUGCAUGGCCACGGGGGCGGGGCGGCGGCGGCGGCGGCGGCCGGGUGGCGCCCCUCGGCCGGCGACGCGGACGUCAAGCGCACCGCGGGCGGCGACGGGGGCGCGGCGGGGCCGCGCACCGUCUGCGUCACGGGCGGCAUCUCCUUCGUCGGGUUCGCCGUCGUCGACCGCCUGCUCCGGCACGGCUACACCGUGCGCCUCGCCCUCGAGACCCAAGAGGACCUGGACAAGCUGAGGGAGAUGGAGAUGUUCGGCGAGGACGGCCGGGACGGCGUGUGGACGGUGAUGGCGAACGUGACGGACCCCGAGAGCCUGCACCGGGCGUUCGACGGAUGCGCCGGCGUGUUUCACACCUCGGCGUUCGUGGAUCCGGGGGGCAUGUCCGGCUACACGAAACAUAUGGCAAGCUUGGAGGCGAAAGCAGCAGAGCAGGUGAUCGAGGCGUGCGUGAGGACAGAGUCCGUCAGAAAAUGCGUCUUCACGUCGUCGUUGCUAGCAUGUGUAUGGAGGCAAAAUUACCCUCAUGACCGACGGUUUCCUACCAUCAUCGACGAGAACUGCUGGAGCGAUGAGAGCUUCUGCCGUGACAACAAGCUGUGGUUUGCACUGGGCAAGACGGCAGCGGAGAAGACGGCGUGGAGGGCAGCCAGGGGUAGGGACCUGAAGCUGGUCACCGUCUGCCCGGCGCUGGUCACCGGUCCGGGAUUCCGCCGCCGCAACUCCACCGCCUCCAUCGCCUACCUCAAAGGGGCUCGCGCCAUGCUCGCCGACGGCCUGCUCGCGACGGCGAGCGUGGAGACGGUGGCGGAGGCGCACGUCCGGGUGUACGAGGCGAUGGGCGACAACACGGCCGGCGGGAGGUACAUCUGCUACGACCACGUGGUGAAGAGGCCCGAGGAGUUCGCGGAGCUGGAGCGCCAGCUGGGGAUCCCGCGCAGAGCGGCGGCGGCGGCGGCCGCGCAGGACUCCGGCGACCGGCCGGCGAGGUUCGAUCUGUGCAGGCAGAAGCUGGCGAGGCUCAUGUCCACCCGAAGGCGGUGCACGUACGACGACUACUACUCCGUCGCAUUCGACUAGAUAUCUAGCUAGGCUAGGCAAACUGGCGAGCACCACCGUGCAAUGGCUUGCAGCACUGCACCAAUGAUGGAUCAUCUGGGUUGGGUUUUGCCUGAAGGGUGCAAGAGGACGAAGUCGUAGUGGAUGGAUGGAAGAAGAGUGUGUGACAUCAUGUACAUAGUGCGAUCUUGUAGGCUGUUUGAUGCAUCAAUAAAGCUUGAUCGAGCCCCAUUUUUUGGCUA